AUGAACAUCAUACGGAGCUUUGCAACAAAAGCAGUCAAAACAAGCUUCCAAGAUGUCGUAAUAAUAGGUGGUGGUCCGGCAGGUUUAACCAUAUUAUCAGCAAUUAAAACUUCACCAAAAUUGAAACAUUUAAAAUGUACAUUAGUUGAAGGUCAAUCCCUUGAACCAGUUCAAAAAUUUUAUGAUAAUCCACCUGAAAAUUAUACAAAUAAAAUAGUUUCAUUGACUCCAAAAUCAAUUGAUAUAAUGACUAAUAAAAUUGGAAACUGGGAAUUUAUAAAUCAAGAUAGAAUUAAAAAUUAUGAUGGAAUUAUAGCAUAUGAUUCACAAGAUGCCUCUUCAAGAAUUGAAUUUGAUAUAAAUUUGAUUGGGAAAGAACUGUUAGCUACAAUGUGUGAAGUAAUAAACAUUCAAAGUUCAUUAUAUAAAAAAUUACAAACUUUAAAAGAAGAAGGAGUUGAGGAUAUAACGAUAUUAGAUAAUACAAAAGUGAAUGAAAUUGAGAACCCGAUAAUCACGGAACAAGAUUUGGAAAACCAUGAUUUAAAUCAAAUUGAUCCAACUUUAGAAAAACCAAAUUUAGAUUGGCCAAUAGUUAAAUUAAAUAACGGAGAACAAUUACAAACAAGAUUAUUAAUUGGAGCAGAUGGUUAUAAUUCACCAGUACGAAAAUACGCACAAAUUGAAUCAAGAGGUUGGGCAUAUAACAGAUUUGGAGUAGUUGCAUGUAUAAAAUUACAAUAUGAAGAUUUUAGAUCAGUUGGUUGGCAAAGAUUUCUAACUACUGGUCCAUUAGCCAUUUUACCAUUAACUGAAGAUAAUGCAACUAUAGUUUGGUCAUCUACUCCAGAGUUGAGUGAACUUUUACUAAAAGUUAAUGAUCAAAUUUUCCCACAUUUAGUUACUGCAGCAAUGGUAUUGGAAGAAGUUGAUUUAAAUUAUAUAUAUCUGGUUUUACAAGAAAAUCCAAAUGAUUUUUCAGUUUUACAAGAUAUUGAAUGGAGAUUAUCAAAAUUUGAUGCAAGAACAUUAGAUGAAAAUUAUCCAUUACCUGUUGUUGAAUUGAUACCAAAUACAAGAGCAAGAUUUCCAUUAAAAAUGUCUCACGCUGAUACUUAUGUAGCACCAAGAGUUGCAUUAGUUGGUGAUGCUGCUCAUACUAUACAUCCAUUAGCUGGUCAAGGUUUGAAUAUGGGUCAAUCUGACGCUUUUGCAUUAAUUGAAGCAUUAGAAAAAGGUAUGGAUAGAGGUAUGGAUUUAGGUUCAACUUUAGUAUUAGAAGAUUACGUUUCAAAUGCAUGGCCAGCAAAUCAUGCUUUGUUGGGAGUCUGUGAUAAAUUACAUAAGAUUUUCUCAACAGAUUUUUAUCCAUUGGUAUUUGUAAGAGGUCUUGGUAUGAAAGGUUUGAAUAUGUUUGAUGAAGUUAAAAGUUUAAUGAUGAAAACUAUAAGUGGUAGAUAA